UUGGCGCUAUUGUGUAAGACUUUAUUCUGCAACAAUAAACAAACAUAGGGACGGUCGGUCAGUCGUGCACGCGCAUUCACAGAGCUCUAUUCAGUGCGCGCGCACGCUGUCGGGGAACGUUGCCAGGAAACUGAAGUUGGGGAAAACCGGAAGCAGCAGGUUGGUGCUGAAAACCUCCUAAAAGAUAACAGACGAGGGAGGGCUGAUUAGUUCCUAUGUGCCGAAUAAAGGAUAAAAAUUUUUAUCUUACUCAAGGAAUGAAGCAGAAAUAAACAUGGCACUGACCCAGACUGUGGUGUUGUCCUUUUUAAUGACGCGCGGCGGAAAAGUGAAGAACACGGAGCUUUUGAGCGCGUUCACGGCGCACAUCAACUGCAGCGAGCCGGAGCAAAGAAGACGCAACAGGGAUCUGUUUAAGAGUUUCAUCAACAACGUGGCUGUCGUGAAACGUGUCGAUGAUGUCAAAUACGUCGUCGUGAAGAAGAAAUACCAAGAGAUGAUCAAUGAAGGAAAGUUCUCCAUAGCAUCAUCACCAUCAUCAUCACCAUCAUCAUCAUCAUGCAGAACACAACAGAGUUGCUUUUCCAGAUGUGAGUCUCGCUCUAUAACCAGUGCAGAUAUUUUAAAUAACAAUUCCUGGUUUUGCACAAGUCCACCUGGCUGCUCUAUUAACACCUCUAAAGAUUUAGUCACAAAACAACAGUUGCAAAGUAGACCAGCUGAAUGCGAUGCCGUGAUUGCUCCUGUCUCUACAUCCAACCAGGAGGAAUCUUUGACUGCUCGAGUACUUAAUGUAGCUAAUAAUACCAGAAAGGGCAAAACGGGGGCUGUUUUUGCUGUUGUGGCGAUAAAAUCGCCACCUCAUUCACAAACUGAGAAGAUACAAGUCAACCUCAGAACACCUGCAUGUCUUCAGAGAUUGGAGAUUCCACCACAGCAGGAGUUAAAAACUGUGGAGGCUGGAAAGAGUUCCCCGUACCUGAAUCAUGAACCUGAUCUAAACAAAUCAUCAAGAACCAAAAGGAGACAGACGGUGGUGCCUAGUUCACCAGCACUGAAAAGAGGAAACAAAGUCCGUAAACCAGGUUUCAGUGAUAAGGAUUCGUCAGCUAUCCGUCUGGAGCCACGAGAACACGAGUGGCUUGUAAUGUCAGCAACAGGACGCUGGAGUCAACUCUACAACCUCCUGCUGCAGGAUGUCCUCCUGGCAGAGAAGAGAAACUUCAUAUCGGGCUUCACGGCACUUCACUGGGCCGCGAAACACGGAAACGUCAAAAUGGUGCGCAGAAUCCUUGACAUUGGUGAGAAAGUUGACGUGAACAUCAAGAGCCAUGAUGGUUACACGCCUCUGCAUGUCGCUGCCAUUCACAGCCACGAAUCAGUCUUAAAUUUACUGGUGCGCGACUACGGUGCUAACUGCCAUAUACGUGACAACAGUGGCAAAAAAGCAUAUCAGUAUUUACGCAAAGAAUUGUCGGCUGAAGUGAGAGAGCUGCUCGGAGACCCGGCUGCUUCGUGUCAGUUCACACAGCAUGCAUGCUCAGAUGAUCAGCACUUUUCCGAUUUGUCUAAAAACCUCAACACAUUUAGUAAACUAUUUCAAUCCAGCGUGGGACACAGAAAGAAAUCCAGACUUCGAUCAAGCUUUCGUUCAAUCAGUGAUGAACAGGAAGAGAACAAGAAAGACUGCUCAUUAGACCACUAACACGAAUAAAGUUCACAAAUGAGAGUUUAUGCACUUGAAUAGAUGUUUGCCAUAACAUAUCUCUUUUUAAUUUCAUUUAUAGAGAUAUUUAGCUUUUAUACUACAGUACUACUAAUACUACAGAAUUCUCGCAUCCGAUUUGUCCGACAGUAGUCCCAGCUCUAAUUGAAAUGGUAGUUUUAUAUUAAGGAGCCUGUUCUAUUAUAGCAUCAUUUCUAUAGUAAUAGCUUAUUCAGUGGGAUUCGUAUGGUGGACUCUGCAUAGUCCAAGAAUAAUCAUAAACAUAAAAACAGUGUUAUUUAAUGAAGAAAAACGUAUUAAUCGUUACUAAGGAGACAUUUAUUUAACAUCUGUGGAAGGAGUCUCCAGUGUCUUUGUCAAAGUUUAUCAGUGUAUUUGUGAAAGUUUCCCAUCACGAGAAAAUCUGUAGGACUGAGGACUUUGCUCUUCACAGUUUCUUGGAAACAUGAC